AGGCAACCAAAUGUAAGAAAAGUAGUGAAAAACACUUUGAAUAAAUUAACGUACUAUGUGUAUACGUGAAACCGGUGCGAUGGAUUAAUUACGUACACGAACAACACUUGUGUGCCAGAGGCAGAUUAAACGUCACUAACGUAUAUGUACAAAUAUAACGUUGUAACGUUCCAAACUUAGAAGAAAUCGUAUCUGUCGAUAAUCAAUAGCCCAAGUAUCGAAUCCAGAUGAAAAUCUACUCAACAAAAGUAAGAAUAAAGUGGAAGAAGGGAAAGUUUCAAGUAAGACGAUUUGGCCAUAUUUGACCCAGUGUUUACCACGAAUAUUGGAGGAAAGAUAGCAAGAGAGUGAUAUAUGGGGAACCGAGGGGGAAUAAGAGGAGGUGACACGAGUCACAAGUCGACCUCAGAGGUCGAGCCUUUUGUCCCGGUUUACACUGACAGUUUACCAACGAACAACAAGUAGCGGUAAAGCGGCAGUUGCUAUACAAUAUACAAACGUUAAAUAACUCUUGAAGAAAUAAGAAGAAGAGGAAGAAUGAAUUCAAGAAAACCGAGGAGAGACUCGGACGUUCUAUUGUCGAAAUUUGGUCACAAGGAGCUUCUCUUCAAGUUCCUCGUUAUCGGUGACUAUGGCGUGGGGAAAACUGCGCUAGUUAGAAGAUAUACAGAAGGAAAAUUUACGUCGAAUUACAAAAUUACCAUAGGAGCGGAUUUUGCGAUAAAAACGCUCGAUUGGGAUCCGCAUACUAAAAUCAAUCUACAAUUAUGGGAUGUAGCUGGUCAUGAGAGAUUCGGAUAUAUGACAAGGGUUUAUUAUAAAUACGCAGUGGCUGCUGCUUUGGUUUUCGACAUUUCACGGAUAGCAACCUUUCAAUCGAUUAAAAAAUGGUUGUACGAUCUCCGAGAAAAAGUUACACUUCCAGAUGGUUCUAAUAUACCUGUGGUUCUUUUGGCAAACAAAUGUGAUAUACCUUGUCCUGUAGUUCCGACUGAACAAAUAGCUAGAUUUUGUAAAGAGAAUAAUAUCGGUGCUUGGUAUAUAACUUCUGCUAAAGAAAAUACAAAUGUUGAUGUAGCGAUGCGGUAUUUAGUAGAAAAUGUUCUUAAAACUAAAAUCGACGGAGGAAUGCGAGAUUCCGUCAGACUGCGAAACAAACCUAUGAUUCGAGAGAAGAACGGAUGUUGCAAAUCAUAAACCUUUCUUUUCGUUUUUCUUUCUUAUUCUUCUUCUUCAUCUUCUUCAUUUUUUCCAACAACUAAAGUAACUAAAAUAAUUUUUAUUAAAAAAUACACGCACAAAA